GAUAGACGUCACAGUGGGCCGAGAAAAUGUGAGUUUUUACUUGGAUGAAAUUGAAAUUGUACGUUGGGUUUUUGUACUCAUCAUCUCUUUCUCCGUCGUAACCGCAAACAUUUGUGAGAGAUUCCGAGCGAAAAAAACCCUAGUGUACAGUGGCGUCUUUCUUCUCCAACUCGCUUCUUCCCUGGCUGAUUCGGUUUCUUAAAAGACCUAUUACUGAUUCUUCUGAGGAGACUGACGUUGAAGGAGAUUUUGUAAUGGAUUCUGCUAUUGAAAUUAGUUCAGGUAGUGAUAGUGAUGACGAAGUACCACCGCAGCCUGUUUGGCCACAAACUCGAACCAGGAUGGAUCCCACAUGGCUAAGCAGGAGACCUUUGCCUACAGUGGAUAGCCAUGCUAGAGCUGAACAUACAAAUCAGGCUCCUCCCAAUGGUGCCUCGAGUGAUACUUCUCGGCCUGGAGUCUCUAAGCCUUUCACAGGGAAUGGGAACACUGUAAACUCGAGAAUUUCCAGUGGAUCUGGUGCUGAUUAUGUGAGACUGUCUUCUGAGCAAGCUCUGAAAAGAACUCUUCCACCCUCUUUUAAUUCCCCUCCCCUUCCUGCCAGAAGUGGCACUAACAAUAUAAGUAAUGCUAGUGGAAGUCGUGUUGGUGUGGAUUAUGAGAGACCAUUGUCUCAGCAAGCUCUGAAAAGAACUCUUCCACCCUCUUUUAAUCCCCCUCCCCUUCCUUCCAGAAGUGGCACAAACAAUAUACGUAAUGCUGGUGGGAGUCGCUUUGGUGCCGAUUAUAGUCAUCCAGCUGUGUCAGCUGUAGGCAACAAGAGUACCUUUGGUGAUCAUUAUAGUGGAGCCCAUGCUGAGAUAGGAAUUCAACGUGGCGUGAAUGGGGUUAGGAUCCUGCCUCCAUCUCUGACGCAUGGAACAUCUGCUUCUGUUUUGCAUCAUGCUGGUUCGAGUGAUCCAAUGCACAGGUUUGGUGGUGGUGAAGAUAGGAAUCCUGAUAACGAUGAAAGGCUGGUUUAUCAGGCUGCACUACAGGUAUUCAUCCUCAGCACAACCCUUUGUUAUUUGUGGACUUCAACACUUAAGCUCUUCUUUUGUGCUUGCAUAUCUAGUUAUCGUUGCCCCUUGUACCAGCUUUACAUUUUGCCGGCUCUUUUGAAUCUCUUAAUAUGAUUGUCAUAGAGUAUAAUGGAGCAAUAAUUGACUCUAAAUCUGGCUCAUUUUUUUUUGUUAAAUAUUUUUCUGAGGUGCAUGGUGCAUGAAACGUUUUAUAAGCGUUUGCAUGUCUCAUUGAUGCUUCGGUCAUACUACCAUGCUGGAUCAACUCAAUUUUAUACUGACUAUCUUAAAAUAAUAAUGUAGCUGCAUUCGUUUUCUUCAUGUCUGAGAAAUAAUGAUAAUUAAUAAUAAUUUGGAUCAUUGACAAUAGAUGUAGCAUUUAUUUUCCGAUUUUACUCUGGUACAUUAUAAGGGUGUUGAGAGCUCGGUGUUGUUCCAUAAUCUACCUGAUAUGAAAUGGCGUGGUAAGUGCAUUUUUGAUUAUCAAGUACUUUAAUCCUGCAGGUUUUGAAUCAACCCAUGACUGAAAGUGAUCUACCUCCUGGUACUCUUUCAGUUCCUCUUAUGAGGCAUCAGGUAGUAGCAUGUUUUAAGUUUCCAUUUAUUGGCCGUUGGUAUUGGUUUGUGUAUUAAGUACUACUGGUCUUCAGAAAAUUGCGUUGGCAUGGAUGUUUCAGAAGGAAACAAGUAGUUUCAACUGUCCAGGAGGGAUACUAGCAGAUGAUCAGGGACUUGGUAAGACGGUCUCGACGAUUGCUCUUAUCCUAAAGCAAAAGAUUGUGUCACAACUGAAGUCCGAAAGUUCAUGCAAGCAAGAAACUGAGGCAUUAGUCCUGGAUGCUGAUGAUGAGUCAGACAAUGCAAAGCAUGAAAGUGGUAGUCAUGUAAAACCAGAGCUCAAGGUUUCAAGCAACAGUGAGACCUCGGUUCUGAGUGCAUGUGGUAAUGAUGAGAAUGACAGUUCAGAUAUGGAGAAAGCCGAAGAUGAAGAAGCUAAUUCUUCAACACGAGCAUUUCAGUGGAAGAGACCAGCUGCUGGUACAUUAAUUGUUUGCCCAGCGAGUGUUGUAAGGCAGUGGGCAAGAGAGCUUGAUGAGAAGGUUUCUGAAGAAUCCAAACUUUCUGUGUUAGUCUACCAUGGUAGUAAUAGGACCAAAGAUCCUAAUGAAUUAGCAGAAUACGAUGUGGUUGUGACAACGUACGCUAUUGUUACUAAUGAAGCUCCCAACAAAUUCUUGGUGGAUGAGGAUGAGAACGAUGAAAAAAAUACUGACAGAUAUGGUCUUGCCUCUGGCUUCUCCAACAAUAAGAAACGGAAAGUCGUGGUGGGUGCUAGUAAGAAGAGUAAAAGAAGAGGUAGAAAAAGCACUAACGAUACUUCUUCUGAGCCUGAUUGUGGUCCUCUAGGAAAGGUUGGGUGGUUCAGAAUAGUACUAGAUGAAGCUCAGACAAUUAAGAACUAUAGAACACAAAUGGCAAGAUCAUGUUGCACUCUUCGAGCCAAAAGGAGGUGGUGCUUGUCUGGAACACCAAUACAAAAUACGAUUGAUGAUUUAUAUAGCUAUUUCAGGUUUCUUAGAUAUGAUCCAUAUGCGGUGUACAAGUCAUUUUACAGUACAAUCAAGGUUCCAAUUUCCAGAAAUUCUUGUCAAGGUUACAAGAAGCUUCAAGCUGUUCUAAGGGCUAUAAUGCUGCGCCGCACCAAAGGAACAUUGCUUGAUGGGAAACCCAUAAUUAAUCUACCUCCAAAGGUAGUAAAUUUGAGCCAGGUAGACUUUUCAGUGGCUGAGCGCUCUUUCUACAAGAAGCUUGAAGCUGAUUCACGUUCACAGUUCAAGGCCUAUGCUGAUGCGGGAACUUUGAGUCAAAACUACGCAAAUAUUCUUCUGUUGCUUUUGCGACUACGCCAAGCUUGUGACCACCCACAACUUGUUAAAAGAUAUAACUCAGAUCCUGUUGGAAAAGUAUCAGAAGCAGCAGUUAGAAGACUCCCUAGGGAGGCUCGAAGCAGACUGAUCAAUCGCUUAGAGUCAUCAUCUGCCAUCUGCUAUGAGUGCAAUGAGCCACCAGAAAAACCUGUUGUUACGUUGUGUGGCCAUAUAUUUUGCUAUGAAUGUGUUUUAGAAUACAUAACUGGGGAUGAGAACACGUGCCCUGUACCGAGAUGCAAACAACAGCUUGCGCGUGAUGUUGUUUUCUCUGAAUCUUCUCUUAGAAAUUGCACUUCUGAUGAUUCGGGCUGUAGUUCCUCUCAUGAUAAUGGUCUUGAUAGAUCGGUAUUUCAAAAAAGAGACUUUUGUUCAUCAAAAAUUAAAGCUGUCCUCGAUAUCCUGCAGUCGCUUUCCCAACCAGACAGUCCAAACUCAGCUCAGCAUGGUCAAAUGCCAUCUUCCUCACGGCCAUAUGAUGACGAUGAUGUUACCAUUGUAGAGCCAAUGCGUCUUCACUCAUCUUCACCUAGCCAGGGGGCAGUAAAGACGAUAAUAUUUUCUCAGUGGACUGGUAUGCUUGACUUGGUUGAGCUGCGUAUUCUUGAAAGUGGUAUUGAAUUCAGAAGAUUAGAUGGCACAAUGAGUCUAGCAGCAAGAGACAGGGCGGUUAAAGAAUUCAGUAAAAAACCAGAUGUAAAGGUGAUGCUGAUGUCGCUAAAAGCUGGAAACCUUGGGCUGAAUAUGGUAGCUGCAUGUCAUGUUAUUCUCUUGGAUCUUUGGUGGAAUCCAACUACCGAAGAUCAGGCGAUUGAUCGUGCACAUCGUAUUGGACAAACUCGGCCAGUUACUGUAACUCGCAUAACUAUAAAAGACACCGUUGAGGAUAGAAUUUUGAAGCUUCAGGAAGAGAAAAGGACAAUGGUUGCAUCGGCCUUUGGUGAAGAACAUGGUGGAAGCUCUGCGACACGUCUAACAGUAGACGAUCUCAAGUAUCUGUUUAUGGUGUAGACUACUCGUUGUAUGGUCUAAGCGUAGCCUUCUAAUCGCCUCUUGAACUAGGUUGCUUAGUACAGUACAUAUGGGAGAUUUAGCCCAGAAUUUUGAUCAGGAAGAAACCUCUAGCUGCUUUUGUAAUGGAUAUCCAAUACUGUGGCACUCCUUUGGUUUUGUAAGGUUUGAACCCAAUCUAUGCAUUUUUGGUGUUUCCAAAGUGCAUCGAUUGGAAACAGGCCAUAAGUAAAUAACUAAAAUCGGUUCAUGGUAUAUAUACCACGUAGGAUUUUGACCUUAAAUGUAAAAGAUCAAUUGCUUAAAAGUUUGUUCUGUAUUUCACGUCUCUCUUAUAUCAUGACAUUCCAC